GUGUCGUGUUGCUCGCUCCCUCCCCUCCCCCUGGAGACAGGGGUUUCCAGCGUCAAUAAGCCAGCGUCACCGAGUGGCUCGGAGCCUGGGACCCGCCCGGCGCGUCACACCCCAUUUGGAGGAGGCGUUUCCUCGUCCUCUCCCCCCCUCCACAGACAAAGCAUCGGGGCCGCGGCGCAGCGGGCUUACUUCGCCGGCUCCCCACCGCUUGGAGACGGCAUUUUAACCAAACACCGGGCCAGCCGGGAGGAGGAGAAGGAGGAGGAGGGGUGUAAGGGGUAAAGAUCCCAGCGCGCACACACACACACACACACAGGGAGUCUCCUGCAAUUCCCCAGCCAUGUCCGCCUUCGCGUGUCGCGAUUACUUCGCCGCUGAGUGUCUGAUGUCCAUUUCUAGCGGCGCCGUAGUGCACCGCUCCCCGUUGAAGGGGGAAACUUGCGAGUUAACUUCAAGGGAGGACAAAGAGGUGAGCGACACGCUGAAGGACGGCGGUAACCUGCUGAUGGUGGCCAGCAUUCUCACCGAUCUGCAGAAAUCCAGGCCGAUGUCUUCCAACUCGGAGAGCAGCAAUUCUUCCUCGGGCGAGAGCCUGGAGAGCGGCUACACGACGCUGUCCGAAGGAUCCUGCACGCCCGUCACUCCCCCGACCCUGAUCGCCGCAAACUGCACGUCGGAAAAGAGGAAAAUUAAGCGAUCGGACAAAUCUCUGGUGAAAAAGCACCAGUGUUACUUUGCGGGAUGCGAUAAAGUGUAUGGAAAAUCGUCCCAUCUGAAAGCACACAUGAGGACUCACACAGGAGAGCGACCAUUUCCUUGCACCUGGCCACAGUGUUUGAAGAAGUUUGCCCGUUCUGAUGAGCUGGCUCGACAUUAUCGUACCCAUACGGGUGAGAAAAAGUUCAAGUGCCCAAUGUGUGAGAAGAGGUUCAUGCGCAGUGACCACUUGAUGAAGCAUGCUCGCCGACACCCUGACUUCAAUCCUGCUAUGAUCGUCAAGCCAAACAGCAGGAGUGCAUCGCCCCCCCAAAAUGCUGGCACCCACCUUCCUCAGCCUGGCUCCCCCUUCCAUUGUCAUUCCUUCUCUCAAUCUGGCUAGUCCUGUGUUCAGUUAGACUGAAAAGAAUCCAGUUUGUACCAAAAGUCUUGUUAAGCUGAGAGUUUAGCCUCCUACCCUCUGAGCAUGUGUGGACUGUGCUUGUAGAUGAUCUUCGCUUUUGAACCUUUUCGGUCUUUGCGGACAAGUGUUGGGGGAAGGGCCUUUUUCGUAUGCAUUGUUUUUGCACACACAGUGACUGUAGCCAGCCACAGAAUUGCUUGCUUUGUUGGGAUAGUACAAGAGUAAAAUAGUGUGAGUUUGUGGAUGUUGUGUUAAUAUUGUCCCUGAUAUUAUCUGCCCUAGUUACACCUGAUGUCCAUUUUUAUUUUUAAAAUUUUAACUUAUUGCAGUAACUCCAUACAGGCUUUUGAAGUAUAUUAAAGUACAGCCAUUGUGUUUAAUCAACCUAGUUGAAAAUUGACCUAUUUUAGUGGCUUUUUCUGAAAUUAAACAGUCAUGCAGACUGAAUGAGCAACAGUUUCUAGCAGUAAACGAAACAGCCACACAAAGCUCCACUGUGCUAACACAUCAUUGAAAAAGAACUAUAAAAGACACUUUAGGGCAGUUUUAACUGGAUCAGGGAGAGUAAAAGUGAAGUCACUUUUCUUCAGUUUUUCAGGUUUUAUGAAUAAGUCUUUAUUUGUUCAAAUGAAUUAAAAACCUUGAGGAAUCAAAUCUGCUUAGUUUGUCCAUCAAUUCUCAGUCAUCUAUUGUUACAGAGUUUCCCUCCCCUGAACAAUGUGUUCAGCUCAGGAACCGAAUUACUGUAACUUGCAGGGUUCAUACAUUGACAAUGAUUUGCAGCUUUUCAGUUGAUACCUCUCAGGGCUACAAAAGAUCUUUCCAAUAUGUCACAAAAACAGACAUAGGACUGCAAUUCUGGACACUGACAUAUCUUUCGUAAAAUAGUUUGUUUCUCUUUUGAGGGCAGGCUGCUGUUCUGUACAGCAAAAUGUUGAAAUCUGACUGCAGGUUUGUAUGCAGCCAGUGUAUGGUAAGCAUGCUGCUGGCAUGAUAAUCCAUACACAAAGAGCAGGCCAGGCUGUGCAUAACAGAGAUUGAGAUUAAUACCAGCCUGUUGGAAAUCUCCCCGUUGACAGUUCUGUUUUGCUCUGCUGUUGAGAAUUUUUUAGAUUGCAGAGAGCUAAACCAUUGGGUACUAAACAGGAUUCUGGUUUAAUACUUGUGGCAUCAAUCUACUCUUUGUAUGAUUGAUCUUUUGAAGAUAAAAUAUGCCCUGGAUAUUUGGAUAUAUUGGAGAGAAAACAUAGGAUCUAUAAUGAUGCCUAUUUCUUUGCUAACUUCACUGUGAACCGAUAUAGUAGCAAAAUGUAUCCAAGGUAGGACACCUUCAUUCAGAAUACUUAAAUUAGAAGAGUAUUUUGUAUCCUGGUACAUCAGAGAUCAGUUGCCAUUUUUCUGGGAAAUCUGCUCAAUGGAGUUAGCUGAACGAAGAUAAAAUGACAGUGCUCAUUAUGCUAAUAAAACUAAAUGUUACAAACUGCUUCCGGGUAAGAGUUGCAGCCCUUUCAACACGAUGGGAUAUUUAUUGAGAUCUGCUCAUCACUGGUGACAACUGUACAAACACAUGCUCAUCAAGAAAGUUGUGUUUUCAAAGCUUUCAUUGGAAUUUUAUUGAAAGGCAUUUGACUGGCAUUAACCUGCUCAAAAGUCAUCUGUGUGCAAAAAUAAUAUAGCAGUGGGGUUAUGUGCAUACUGCCUUUCUUAAAGUGCUCCUUUUAAUAACGUAUUUUUGUAACAUUUCUACUCAGGGGGCUGUGUUGCUGAUGCAUGCAUUUCACCAUAUAAAUGUGGAGUGUGUGUCUAUAUUAUGUUUUUACCUGUUCAGUGUGUGAAAUUGGAACUGUAUUGUUCCCAGCAAUUUGCUUGUGGUAAACUGUUGAUCAGUUAUCAAAAGGGAAGAUAUUCAUAUUCUUUAUCUAAAAGUGUUCUACUCUACUAAAAUUGCUAGAUGUGUGUUUGGAAAAAAAAUGAUAAAUAUAACUUUAAAAAGGUAAUGUAAAUAUCUGUGGAAAGCAUGUUUUUAAGGUGAUUUUAAAUUUACACUAAUGAUUAUUUUACUAUAAAUAGCUUGUGCACUAAUGCACACACCUCUCAACCAGUUGUGUUUCAGGAAUUCAACCAUGGGUCAUAAUUCAUAUAAUUGCCCCUAUUUCAGUCUCUAAUGUUACAGUCUUCUCUAGGUUUUUAAAAUAGUGAUCAGAAUAAAAUGCUCCAUAGGCAGUGUUUUUUUAAUCUCCCACACCCCAUAUGUAUUUUUUUUGAUGUUGGUCCUAAAUUGGCUUUGACUUUUUAUUUGGACAGUUUCAAAUAAAUCUUUUGUGUCCAGGUGCUGAUGAAUAACUGUUACUUUUAUUUGCUGGCUUGACAUAAUUUGGGAGCUUAUCCUAAAAUUCUGACUUGUUUGUAGUUAAUAUUGAUGUAUGAUAAUAUUCUUUCAGGUAGCAAAAUAAUAUGUGGAAAAAAUAAUUUGAUUUAUUGUUAAUUGUUCACACUCCCCACAUAAUAAGAACAGUUACAGUUGUUCUCAUUACCAUAUUGCUUUUUUUGAAUCAAGGAUAGAAAUUUCUCAUUAAAUUAAAACCAUAAAUAAGCAAGUGGUCCACUGGUUAAAUCACAGGAAUGCCAGCCUUGAAACAUUCCAAAUUUUGUUAGCAUGGUUUCAUAAUUAGAUUUAUUUCCAUUUUGUAAAAGAAAUUUUACUCAACAUAUCUGACAUUUAUCGCAAUGAUGCCAAGGUUGGUAAUGAAGGAUUUAGAAUCUGAAUUGCAAGAACAUGUAGUCAGAGAUGGACUAUUUUCUAAAUAAAGCUCUUCACACUGGAUAAUUCCAUCUGUGACCUUAAACUCCUGACAUUGCUAACAUUAUUUUUAAUCUUAAUUUUCCUCUUGGAUGGUGUUUUAAAUAUAUUUUUAAAUUUUACUAUUUGGUGGAACCUUCUUCCCAUACUUUGAAGCAAUAUUCUGGGUUUUCCCAAUUUAGCAUCGAGUCAUUAAACUCACUUUGGGGCUGCAAAUGAAUUCUUGCUUGGAUGCUAUGUUUGGACUUCAUUUAAACAUUCCAUUUUUUUUCAGGAGGAAAAAAGCCUUUGUACUGUUUUUAAUCGGUCCUCAUUGACCAAUAAUGAUUACUUAUUCUGUAGCCUACCAUGGUUGCUUUUUUCUAAAUUAACUCUUCCAGUGAAGCCUCUUUGGUUUUAUCACUACCAUUUACUGAUGGAGUCCCUUGAAAUGUUACCAUCAGGGUGACUCGAGACCUGGAUGUUGCUUUAUUCACCAAAAAAUGGUGAUAUUCCCAAAGCCUAAUCCUGUAGACCUGUGUUGGUGGCAAUAUUUUUUUAAGCAUAAGGAUUGAUUUGUGCCACAACACCAACAGGUUAUAAUCUAUCAACCUGCCACAUUGGAAUAAAGCUCAUUUCUAUUCACCUUCCUCUUUGUGGAUUGCAUAUAGUUAUCUAACUGUGUGAAUAAGCUAUCCAGCAGAUAGCUUGUGAUGGUCCAGCUUUUAAUUAGGAUGUCAGGCAUAUAGUCCACUUCGAUCAGCCUGCUGUUAGUUGAUGAAGUGAUAUUGGAGAAGCUUGCCAUUUGCUUCACAUCAUCUGAUUAUGCAAAGGUGCUGGUUGGAGCUGAGAAGCUGUUAGGAUUUCAUCCUUAAAAUGUGACUGAACAAUGGGCAACCAUAUAGUUUCUGUAUUGUAGCAUACUUUUAUUUCAUUUGUAGGUGUUGCUAAUGAGGUGUGAAGAAUGCCAUACACAUUGAGAUGUUAGUAUUUAAGGAUGUAAGGAUUGUAUCAUUCCAGUUUGUAAUUCAGAAACUAAGGCUGCAGGCAGCCCUUCACUUAUUUGCAAUAAAAAUAAUUAUUCAUUACAAUGAAGCCAGUAAUAGGGCAUUGGUGUAGAUCUAACAUUAGGAUUCCAGAAUAAGUAGCCAAUAUAUCUUGGGUCAAUUCUAUCUUGGGUUGUGUAAAUUGUCUUCUCUAUAUAAGUUGUACAAUUUUUAUUUGGCAGUCAUGACCUGUGAAAUCCAGAUUAUUUCUUAAACUGAGGGUCAAUUUUGACCAAACAUUUCACUGUCUCUUCCCCACAUUCUCCAACUCUGCUCUACUGCUGUUACCAACUGUAGAUAAGGGGAAGCUGUUAGCCACAACUCCUGCACAAUCAAGGCCCUGGAAAACAAUACUGUCUCUUGGGAGGAAUCUGACUGGUAGACAUAUUUAUUGUAAGGAGAGCCCUUCUGGUUUUCAGAACAUUGCACAUUUUAAAUAAAUCAUUAUUGUAUUCAGUGUUUUCCUGAAUUUGUACUGUUUUGGCAACCUUUCUUAUUUUGUUUUGUUAAUGCAACUGCAAGAUGAACAUUAACAUUUUGAUGUGUGAUACCUUUGUUUUAUCACUUUUCAGUCAUUUCCCCCCCCCCCCCCUCACCUAUUACCACCUAUCCCUCUUGGGGGUAACAAUUUAUGCUAGUGUACAGUUUUACGCACACUUGUCUUUGGUACUUUGGUGACUACUUUCUGACACAAAGACAGCAAAACCUGUCAAUGCAAUAAUUUUGUCUUGCAUCCAAAAAUGCAUAAUGGUCAAGAGGAGAAUUCUGGUUGUUUUUCCCCUUUUGCCCCCACUUUUUAGGAUGUAAACUAUAGAAUCCCCAUUGCUGUCUGAGAUUACAUAAUUCAGACUGGGAUUUUCUUGGUUUGUCUGGCUCAGUGCAUCACAUUUACAGCCAGAAUCUUUGAAAAAUGGAAGAUGUUUUUAAAUGAAGGAGCAUUUAUAUAUUGGCUCUUUGGAAGUUUGGCAUUUAAAAGAAAAUCAGAAGCAAUGACUCAUUUUCUUAAAAGUUGGUUGGAGCACCAUUGAAUAAUUAACCUUUAAAAAUACAAACAAGUGUGGAAUAUAAACUGGAUUUUUGUGUAUGUAGUCUGUCAAAGUUUGGCAAUUUAAACAAAUGUCUUUAAUCUUUCAAAAUAGAUGCAGCUUCAAAAAGAAGCGUUUUAUUCAGGAAUUACCAGUAUAUGUGCCUAAAAGGAAUCCUGUUUUCACUAUCAGUAUCCCUGUGUUUCUUAAGUCUGUACAUGUAGUACCCAUGUAGCAGUUGGUAUUACUGGAAGCUUUGUAUUUUACUUUUUUACAGUCAUUUUAUGGAUAUUGUAUUUUAUAUUCUGGUGGUCAGUUAUAUUAGUACAUGUGCUGAUAAUUGCAGAAAGCUACAAAGCAUUACAGAGAGAUUGCUCUUUGACAUUUUGCAUGGUUGACUGAAUUUUGUACAGAGUGAAUAAACAAUGAUGUCCUAAUUAAA